CUGCCUCUCUCGACUCCGAUCAUGGCGCCAUGCAACAAUCGAGCAUUCCUUUCCAAGCUCCUGAAAUUUACCGUGGGCAGUGCCUGUGAGGAAUUUGUUAUCCACAGCGACAUACUUAAACUGCACUCAACACCCUGGUUCGACGCCGAUUCUGGUAGUUUUCCAGGUGAUGAAUCUAUCAUUAUCAAGGAUGCGGAUGCGCAUACAUUUAGUUUUGUCUGUCAGUACUUAUACACUGGAGACUACUCUAUCACGCUUCCCAGCGAUACGCCACCUCCUGACCUGACGUCUGGUGGACAAGAAAAGCCGGAGCAGAACCAUGCAAUCAUCCUAGAGGGAAAUCUCUUCAAAGACACAGAGACGGUGGAAAAAUUCGCGGACUACCUUGUGAGGCGGAUCCAGCCACGGCCUUCUGAGGGCUCGCAAGGUAGCUACGAUCCAAACGCGAAUUAUACUGAAAUACUUCUCACCCAUGCUCGUCUUUAUACUUUUUCGGUGAAAUAUGAAUUGCAAGAGCUGCGCGACAUCUGCCUCUUCAAGCUGAUACAUCUUCUGCAUGUCUUCCCGAUAUGUCAAGACCGGGUUGGAGAUAUUGUUCGGUUGAUUGACCUCGCCUUCGACACGGACACUGGACAAUGCGAGAAUCUAACAACAAUGUUGCAAUAUUACGUUGCUCGGCAUAUUAAAUUAUUUCUGCCCAGCACCAAGUUCCAGGUACUUCUGCAGGAACAGCCUACUCUGGCUAACCUUUUGCUUCAAACACUCGUUGGUGGGCUUUGA